GAUUUGAAAAAUAUGGCCACACAUAAGAGAAUGGAACCAUCGAUUUCAAUGCCUGAAAAAUGUGCAGGAAGAAAGGUAGUAAAGUACUUGAACGGACAUGUCAUGUAAGAAUAAAAGAAACAGGCAGAUAUCAAGUACUUUUUUUUUUUUUUAGAAAACGGUGAGGUAAUGUUGAGAGUUUCAGUGAAAGCUUCACUUCAAUGGACUUGUGUUCUUCUUUACUAAGCUCUCGCUUAUCUUCUUCACUAAUAAAACCUCAGUUACUAACCAGCAGCUUAAUCACAAACAGCAUCAUCCCUAAUUGCACAAGCAAGAAGUGUAAAUCUCGUCAUGUCUUGAAAGCCUCUGCAGGUCCCUUUUCUUACCAGAAGUUCAUUCAUUUCGCCAUCGACGAAACCAAACGGCGAACCCUUUUGGUCCCUUCUCCUCUCCAGGAGAAAUAUAGUUCCAUGACUGCAAUGGAUGGAACAACAGAACUUCAAUUGCUUUCAUUCCAAGCCCCCAAGAUGAGACUCCUACGUAGUUUGAGCAUUGAAAAUGAAGCAAUCCAGAUUUUGGAUUUUGCUGUUUUUUCCAGACCUGAAUUUGAUGUACCCAUAUUUUGUGCCAACUUUUUCACCACUGCUACCAUGAACAUCAUUGUGUUGGACCUCAACCCCUUGCACAAUGUCAUUGACCAAAGACACUACAAGGAAAAGUACUUUAAGAGAUUAAUUCCUUUAGGUCUCAGGUAUAGCGAGCUUUUUCCUUGGGGAGGAAAGCUCACAAGCGAGUCCUUGAAGUUUUUCUCACCGAUCGUGAUAUGGACCAAGUUUCCUCCGAGUCAGGAUAGAUAUGAAUGUUUAUAUUCUGCUUUCAAAGAGUACUACAAGGCAUGGCUUGAAUUGAUUGCCCAAGCACCAGAGGAGAUAGAUGCAUCUUAUAUUAAAUGCAAUCGUGAAGCGCAGCAUAAGUAUCUAACAUGGAGAGCAGAAAAGGAUCCCGGCCAUGGAAUUCUUAAAAGGUUGAUUGGAGAAAGGCAUGCACAGGACUUGGUUAGAGACUUCCUCUUCAAUGGACUUGAUGAACUAGGAAGUAAAGGGUUUUUGGAUUACUUUCCAGAAUAUCGCUGUGAAGAUGGGUCUGUAAAUGAGAAGCGCAGCAUCCUUGGAAAGUCUUUUGAAAAUCGUCCUUGGGAUGCAAGAGGAGAAUUCAUUGGUGAUGAUAUUAAAAUUUAGGUUACUAUACCGUCUUCCCGAUGAGUUCUCUGGUUUUUCUCAUCCUGUGUCUUUAUGAUUCACCUUUUCUCUAAAUUUAGGGAAUUUUGCUUGUCUGUAAUCUCCCCAAGAAGAAUAGAGACAUCCCCUUGCAUCAUAUACUGAAUUUGUGUAGUGAAUUUACCAAGUUUGAUACUGUAUUUGUGUAUUUACCAAGUUUACAUUUUGUCAGGAAUAUAUAUCAUUAGGAACACCCCUAUAUCACAUUUUGUACUCAA